CUACGAUGCAUGUUACCUCCCUUGUCUCACCACGCAGAGGAUGCUCCAACCAUGUGGACCGCCGCCCGAGGAGCAAGACUAGGUUUAUGGCGACCAGGCAGAUGUUUCGCUGCAUCCGGUUGGUCUUGUUUCCCUCCAGCACCGGGAAUUGAUGGAUGAAGCGCAAGGGGCGGUGGCUACAGGGCCCAAUUUCUUGCCGAUCGCCUGCGCAGAGGCUUUGUAUUCAUGCCGCCCUUUUCCCGCGCUGGCUGAGCGCACCUGCAGCUAAAGGUCCACUACUGCUCACGCCCAGACAUGGCCAUGUCAAGCAUGCAAGUGUCAUAAGGCAAGCCAGACGUUUCAAUCGAUUCACGCAUACGAGUCAGAUCAAGGCUCCGCUCGCACGAUGUCUGCAUCACCUUGGAAAGUGCAGCCUUACAAGCCCAACGCGGCAUCGCAUCAGCGACUGUGCCUUUGACCUCGCGGUGCUCUUCCGCUCGAUUCAGUCUCUACGUAUUCGUUCGAUCGCGAGUCUUUUAAAAAGGCACAUGCAGGCGUGCAGUAAUGAGAAGCGCGGUCGUUUUUGUGCGAAGAUUCGCCUGCCGCUACAGGGCUUGAGCAAAAAUCAGCAUCGCAGACAAGUGGGUCAAUCGAAAGUGAUCAUGAUGGAUCUUGGUUGAUCGCAAUUUCUUGUGACUUCAAUACUAGUAUUACAUACAAUGAGCAAUCACAAUUUGCUUUCAUUGCACUGCUUGUCGGAGAUGAAGCCCUUUACAUCUGUUCUUGCGCCUGCUGUUCGUACAACUGUAUGCUGAUCGCAUGUAGUUUGUCUAGACUUGAAGACGGGCAGGGAAUUGAGCGGCGACUGCCGUGUGCCGUGCGUACCCGUUACAAUGGUAUUCUAUCAC